AUGACAGCAACAAACAACAACAGCAACUAUAUCGUUUCUGAUGAAAAAGUUAUUGAUUCAUUAGUUGAGGAAUUAGCUGAGGAAUUAGUUGUGGCAACAAACAACAACAGCAACUAUAUCGUUUCUGAUGAAAAAGUUAUUGAUUCAUUAGUUGAGGAAUUAGUUAUGGCAGAAACUAAAACCCUCAACGAAAGAAUUGGUGAAAACAAGAUUGAUUUACAUAACUACCUCAAAUACGAUGGAGGAAGAGGAAGGAAAACUGGUAUGGCUUUAUUAGUAAAUAAAAUUUCGAAUUUAACGAUUAUAGAUGUUGAUAUCAAUAAAUCGUACAAUGAUGAACUUAAAGAAACAGUUAGAAAAGACAUUCUAUCAAAACUUUCGGAUAAAGAUGUUAUCGUUAAAACCGCUUCAGGAGGUCUUCACAUUUUCGAACAGAAUGAUUAA